UGGUUGGCCUGUCGUCAAGCUGUCAGGAGGAGCUUCGCACCUUUUCUGUUAGAAGCGCUAUCUUACUUUUCGGUAUCCCUGCUAUUGGUUGUUUCCUUUCGGUUUGUUGCCUUGCGACGGGUUUCUCUUUUUCAUGCAUAUGGUAAAUGGUUGCAAAUGUAUAUUGUUUCGUGAUCGUCGCGAACACGAGUAAAUGACACGUUUUGUGUUGGGAGAAAUUCGGAAGUGCAGAGGCUGAAAUUCGCGGUAUACAAGUAAUUUCCGUGCCGGUUGAUUGAGAGUAACAGACCGGAAGUGUGAUUCUUGGAUUCGUCCCUGUUGGUUCGCUGUGUGCGUGUCUUGUGAAUUUUCAGAAUGGCGACCGCCGUGCCGUCUCGAUUCGCUAUCCUCAGUAUCGAUGAUGAUGAUUUUAAACCGAAAAAGAACCCCAAGACGAAUAUUGACUCCAAGGCUAAUUCCAAGGGUAAGCCAGAUAAGCAGAAGCAACAACCCAAGAAAGACGAGAAGAAGAAACAAAAUAAGGGAAAGAAGAAGAAGAGUAAUAGUGAGGAUCAGCAAUGGGAACAAUGGAAACAAAAAGAUUCAAUGGCUGUAGAAGAGACAUAUGAACAGGAAUUGCACCAAGCUAUUCUACUGUCCAAACUAGCUUACGAGGCACAGAUGGAAACUACAAAGAAAUCAGAAAAAGAUCAAGACUUUGCCAAGAAGAGUAAUAGUAACAAGAAGUCGAAAAAAGCUACUAUGUCUUUGGAUGAAUUCAACAACAUGGAAGCUACCACCACAGAGGAUGUAUUGGUUUCCAACAGUGUAGAUGUUAAGCAUAAAGAGUCGGACUCCGCAUUCUUUGAAAGGGUCAACAAGGAGACCAAGGAGGAAAUCACAAAAACAAAGGAAAAAGAUAUUCUGAAGGCAAGGUUAAAUCAAAUUGACGAUGACAUUACUUCUGCACAAUUGAAGGCAGAGUUAGAGAAACGAGAUGAUCUCAUUGGUCAACUCAGGCAAGAAGUAGAAGCAUUGAAAGAGGAGUUGAGUCAGGUCAAGAAAAGGAACAGAAAGUUGUGUCAAAUUCUUGCUCAAGGAGAAAUGAAAGACAAAGCAUCUGUACUAGUAGAGGUGGCCAAGUUGCAAGACAUACGCGACGAGCUGACAUCAGAAGUAGCAUCUUUGCACGCUCAGCUGGAGCAAGAAAGGUCCAAAACAAGAGCUUCCAGUACUGAAACAAAGACCAGUAAACAAACCAACAAGAAGAGGCCAGCCAGUGAAAACGCCUAAGAUUCGUCCUCUCCAAUAUAUUAAGAUGUCAAAGGAAAACAAGAAAAUCGUUAGAACGAAAUAUCCAUGAAAGUCGAAGCAGUAUGCAUUAAAAAAAGACUCAUUUUAUUUUAACCUUAAUUUAAACAAUGAAUAUUAUGUUUCCACGUUAAGUCUGCAAAAUAGAUUGUUUUUAUUUUUUUUGCCA